AUGAUUGCUAAUCACUAUCUUACAGUACAGCGAUGGCAUCUUGAGUUUGAUCCGUAUGCUGCUAAUGCUUUAGAACUACUUACAGUAUGGGCCAGGAUUCCUUGCUUAUCUAUUGAAUACUACAAUGACGAGUUUCUUUUGAGAAUUAGGAGCUUGCUCGAAAAACCUAUUAAGGUGGACCGAAAUACAAGUAUGGUGAGUAGAGGACACUACACCAGGAUUUGCAUUGAGAUUAAUAUGGAAAAACCCUUAGUGGCCAAAUUCAAGCUUCACCGACGUGUUAGACCAGUGGAAUAUGAAGGGCUCCACCUGGUGUGUUUUAGUUGCGGUAGAUAUGGCCAUGAAGCCGAGAAGUGCCCGGCGAGGGGAGGCUCUAGCGGUGCCGGUAAUCCUGCGGGGAAAGCCCAUGCCAACGAUCCGAUUAAUUUGGAUGAGGACAAGAGAAGAGCAAUCCCUAAUAAUCCAAUGAUUGUCAAUGAUUAUAGGGAUUGGAUGCUUGUCAAAAAAGAUAAGAGGAAUUUCAAAAAAGUCUCUAACAAAGUCCUAGUCGACAAGGAGUCUUCUAAGGAGAAAUUUUCUGCAAAGGAAAAAGGGACAAAACAUUUGACGGACCGUUCUAAUCGAUAUGCUGCUUUGGAGAUUAAUGAGCCAGCUCCUGUUGAGUCCAUGAGACUACCCCCCUCUAAUACUAUUGAUAAGGGCUCAUCCCGAGCUGGGCCGUCCUCUAGUGGCCUGCAAACUAAAAGAUCUGCCAGUAAAUACCAGUGA